AUGAAGCAAGAUCUGCCUGACCUGAAACAUCUGAGGGAGGCGAUCCCCAAUUCCUGUUUCAAUGCUUCGGUCUGGAUAUCGCUUGUCUACCUCGCUCGCGACCUCAUAUAUGGAGCAGCUCUCGUAUAUGCAUCAACCUACAUCCCUGUUUUACAAAAUGCUUCUUUGCGAUUCUUUGCAUGGUCUUUCUAUGGCGUUCUUCAGGGAUUCGUCGGUACCGGCCUCUGGAUCCUCGCCCACGAGUGUGGCCAUGGAGCAUGCUCACCCUAUCCACUCCUGAACGACAUCCUCGGGUGGGCCUUGCACUCCCUCUUGCUGGUGCCCUACUUUUCCUGGAAGAUCACACAUGCCCGUCACCACCGCUACACCGGACACAUGGACAAAGACACUGCCUUCGUGCCUUACACUAAAGCGGAAUAUGCGGCCAGCAAACAAAUGCGCAGUGAAGAUCUGGACGGCUUAGUUCAAGACACCCCGCUCCGAGCCCUGCUGGGGUUCCUCGCGCACCAGCUGCUCGGAUGGCAGGCAUACAUCCUCUGCUACGCAAGCGGAAGCAAGCAGAGCUACACUGCUCCUGCAGCAUGUUCGCGCACUUCCCUCUCCCAUCUGGGACCGUACAGCCUGCUUUUCCAACCCGAGCAGCGGCCUUUGGUCUUGAUAUCCGAUCUCGGCCUUGCGCUCACGAUCAUCGGUCUGGUGAAGCUCGGUUCUAUCCUCGGCGUUUCGCGGCUGAUGCUCGUGUAUAUCGUGCCUUAUUUAUGGGCGCACCACUGGAUAGUCGCUAUAACGUAUCUCCACCACACGCAUCCGCACAUCCCCCACUACUCUGCCGACACCUGGACCUUCACCCACGGUGCGCUCGCAACAGUGGACCGAAGCUUUGGGUUCGUGGGCCGACACUUCUUCCAUCACAUCAUUGAUCAUCAUGUUGUCCAUCAUCUCUUUCCCAAGAUCCCCUUCUACCGGGCCGAGGAGGCCACGCGGGCUAUCAAACCCCUUCUGGGCUUGCACUAUGUCGAGCUCCGUGGGGAAAAUUUUUUUGUCGCUCUCUGGCGAACGUUUCGGACCUGUCAGUAUGUGACCGAUGACCAUGCCGGGAACCGGGGAUCGGGUGUAUACAAAUGGAACCCACCGCUGAAGGAUUGA